AUGGCCACGGAUCGCUGGCUUUCCGUAACCCUAACUUCCUUAUUCCGUUUAGCGCGUCGCCUAAGCGAGCAGCGAACGACUGGAAUCCGUCAAACAGAACCCCUGGAAUCCGUCCCCCAUCCUGGUUUUUUUUGCAAAAAUGUACAGAUGUGGUGGUGUUUUGCCGCAACCCUAACUGCGCGGCAUCGCGCGCGCGCAUUGCCGCACCAGCUACCAGCGCCCCGCCCGCAGACCACCACCUAA